CACAGCUGACAUUGGUGUCUCGUAGAAAUUUCCACGUUAAACAGACGAUCUGCCUAUCACAGCUAUACCACGAUACGAUCAACAUCACCAUGCCAAGUCAAGGACCUCAUCAGGGCAAUUUUGUGUACAACAAUGAUCACAGAGCUCCAUGGCAACAAGGGAUGCCUAUGAUGGAUGAUCGUUUCCCAGGGCAACAGAUGCAAAUGGUACCCCCGCAAUAUCAACAAAACGCACAUAUUCCAGGGUACAGAGCAUCUAACUGGGGACCAAAUAAUUUCCAUCAUCCACCGCCAUUUAACAAUUACCAGUCCCGAUUCUGGAACAGGAAUCACAAUCACAACAAUGCUAGCUCAUCACGCUCGUCUAGUAGUUCCCCAAGGAGCUCCUCGUCGUCCCGCCGGGCAGACGAGUCUGACAUGUGCUUCAUCUGUAAGGACCUCUUGCAGAACUGCGACCAACUAGGCGUUCACUUGUGUGACGGUGGCGUUAGUGUGAAGACCAACAAAACGGAGCAAGCUUGUGAGAUAAACGCUCGACUAGAGAAAGUCCUGGAAGAAAUCAAAGCCAGUCUGAAGGACAAGCACAACAGUCUAACUGAAGCUAUUGAGGAACAUGUAACCACGAGAAUAGGAGAGAUUGAGACAAUCCACCAGCACGCCAUUGAUAAGAAAGCUACGUUAAUCAGCCUGAAACAGCAGUUGGAGACAAGGACUGCUGAACUGGAGAAAUUAGAGAAGGAAGUUAGGGAAAAGGAGAAAAAACUGGAACAGGAAAAGGACAAGUUCGACAAGGACAUGCACAAAGAAAAAGAAGAGAUUUGUCGACAGUGGCAACAACUGAGGGAUGAACUUGCCCGUAUGGAAGAAAUGCAUGAUGUUCAAAAGGGAAGGAUCAGACUAGAUAUUGGCGGGAACAUCUUUACAACAUCUCGCCUGACCUUGACCCAAGACCCGGAGUCAAUGUUGGCAGCUAUGUUCAGUGGACGUCAUAAUAUCUGCACAGAGACAGACGGCACAGUGUUCAUCGAUCGAGAUGGAACUCACUUUCGGUAUAUCCUCAACUACCUGCGGGAUGGACGUCUCAACACAGAUGGUCUCCCUAGAAACCGGCAAGUUUUGCGGGAACUGAGAAAUGAAGCGACAUAUUACCAGCUACAUAGCAUGCUACAGGAAAUAGAGAAACUGUUCUGAAGAGAUGCUGGACAUGAUAAUUAUAGUUGAUGUUUUAGCUACAACAUUAAUGACACCUCCAUGGAGCAUUGGUGGAACAAAGUUUCAGGAAGGACUUGGUCAAGUUUAGAAUGUUUGGUUAAGUAAAGAGCUAAUGGGUAACAUGAGUCCAGAGUAGAUUUUCAUGACGUGAUACGUGUUCUGUCUGUAACCAAGUUCUAAUUUAGUUGAUUACUGCUCUAAUGGUUUAUGUGUUAGCUCCCCUGGUGUAAGAUGGGAUGGGCACUGGCAAUGAAUAGUGUUGCACGUUUCAACCUUGUAUCUGUACAUAGGUUUGUAAGCAUUAGAAUGUUUCUAUUCCACAGUGUAUUGUCUCCCCUUGGUAAAGAUGUAUGCUUGUAGGUGGCGCUCUAACAAUAUGAUUAUUGGUGAAGGAUUAUCACUGUUUAAGAUUGAUGUGUGUAUAUACUGAGGCCUUUUGCUUCAUGUCGGAACACUAAACUUUGUUGCUUGCUAGACCUUAAAGGGAUGUGGAUGUGCUCCCCUACUGGCCAAAGUUACAUGUACAGGUACCUAUAGAGACAACCUUGCAUUUGGAUUGGUCCCGGUUCAGUGGAGCGUAACUUUCCCUCCAUGAAAGUUGGUGUAGCUUUUGCUUGGAAUAUCUACAAAUUAUAGAGGAAUAUGUUUGUUCUGUUAUUUAAAGUAAGAUCUGUAGUUAUUGAGUGACAGUACCACUAACGUUCCCAGUGUUGGAUGCUUUGUUCAGAUAACCGCCAUGCUUCCUGAUGGUUAUUAUCAUGGUAGAAUUUCUCGUCAGUAAAGGACAACUCCAAGAAACAAACACUUGUCUAACCAAGUAACACGCCCAGACAGGGUCAUAUACCCAGGAAGGGUAGCUCGCCAGACAGGGUCAUAUACCCAGGAAGGGUAGCUCGCCAGACAGGGUCAUAUACCCAGGAAGGGUAGCUCACCAGACAGGGUUAUAUACCCAGGAUGGGUAGCUCGCCAGACAGGGUCAUAUACCCAGGAAGGGUAGCUCGCCAGACAGGGUCAUAUACCCAGGAAGGGUAGCUCGCCAGACAGGGUCAUAUACCCAGGAAGGGUAGCUCGCCAGACAGGGUCAUAUACCCAGGAAGGGUAGCUCACCAGACAGGGUAAUAUACCCAGGAAGGGUAGCUCGCCAGACAGGGUCAUAUACCCAGGAAGGGUAGCUCACCAGACAGGGUAAUAUACCCAGACAGGGUCAUAUACCCAGGAUGGGUAGCUCGCCAGACAGGGUCAUAUACCCAGUAAGGGUAGCUCGCCAGACAGGGUCAUAUACCCAGGAAGGGUAGCUCACCAGACAGGGUCAUAUACCCAAGAAGGGUAGCUCGCCAGACAGGGUCAUAUCCCCAGACAGGGUCCACUCGUCACAAAGUGUGAUACCCAGACAGGGUCCACUUGACACAAAGGGUCAUACCCAGAGAGAGCCCACUCGUCACAAAGUGUGAUACCCAGACAGGGUCCACUCGUCACAAAGGGUCAUACCCAGACAGAGCCCACUCGUCACAAAGUGUGAUACCCAGACAGGGUCCACUCAUCACAAAGGGUCAUACCCAGACAGAGCCCACUCGUCACAAAGUGUGAUACCCAGACAGGGUCCACUCAUCACAAAGGGUCAUACCCAGACAGAGCCCACUCGUCACAAAGGGUCAUACCCAGACAGAGCCCACUCGUCACAAAGGGUCACACCCACUGAGGGUAGCUUAUCAGACAGGUUCAUACCCAGGCAGGUCCACUUGUUAUGCGGGGUUAUACCCAGACAUGGUCCACUCAUCACACAGGGUCAUACCCCAGACAGGGAAGCCCAUCACAAAGUGUAGAAACACUCGAUCAUCGAAUGUACCCCAGACAGGGAUAUCCGUCAUUAUCCAGAGGUACUCAUCGUUGACAGACAUACCCUGUGCAACUUGAUGUGUAUGAAUUAUGGGUUGGACAAUUGGCUGGAUAGGAGUAUAUGUAUAUGUAGUCUGCCUGACUCGAAGAUUCUCAGUCAUCCAGUUAAAUCUCAGGAACGUUUAUUCAGGGAAAAUCAAAUACACAUGCAUAUCAAAAAUCUUCAGAUUAUUCAUGCUUUCUGUUUUCCCCUGUGUGUUUUAUGUACUGCUAUGACAGUGGGGGUUGAGUUUGGAACCACCUAAAACACAGAUGUCAAUACAUCACAAUUCAUUAUAUUAACUGUGUGGUUAUGGCUGUGAUAACUCCGUGAUGUUUAGUGUUUUGUUGUUAUCUAUAGUACUAACCUAUAUGUUUGAAUGUGUGUUUUGAAUAUUGAUAAUAGUAACUGUAUGAAUGUUGUUAUUGGGAUACAUUCUAAGUAAACUGUGUGUUGUUGCUAGGGUAUAAUCUUAGUAAACUGUACGAGUGUUGUUGCUAGGGUAUAAUCUUAGUAAACUGUGCAAGUGUUGUUGCUAGGGUAUAAUCUUAGUAAACUGUGUGUGUUGUUGCUAGGGUAUAAUCUUAGUAAACUGUGCGAGUGUUGUUGCUAGGGUAUAAUCUCAGUAAACUGUGCGAGUGUUGUUGCUAGGGUAUAAUCUUAGUAAACUGUGCGAGUGUUGUUGCUAGGGUAUAAUCUCAGUAAACUGUGCGAGUGUUGUUGCUAGGGUAUAAUCUUAGUAAACUGUGCGAGUGUUGUUGCUAGGGUAUAAUCUUAGUAAACUGUGCGAGUGUUGUUGCUAGGGUAUAAUCCUAGUAAACUGUGCGAGUGUUGUUGCUAGGGUAUAAUCUUAGUAAACUGUGCGAGUGUUGUUGCUAGGGUAUAAUCUUAGUAAACUGUGCGAGUGUUGUUGCUAGGGUAUAAUCUUAGUAAACUGUGCGAGUGUUGUUGCUAGGGUAUAAUCUUAGUAAACUGUGCGAGUGUUGUUGCUAGGGUAUAAUCUUAGUAAACUGUGCGAGUGUUGUUGCUAGGGUAUAAUCUUAGUAAACUGUGCGAGUGUUGUUGCUAGGGUAUAAUCUUAGUAAACUGUGUGAGUGUUGUUGCUAGGGUAUAAUCUUAGUAAACUGUGCGAGUGUUGUUGCUAGGAUUUAUUCUUGGGCAAAAGAAGAUGUAUUUGAUGAAUUUAAAAAAACUCAGUUUACGAAUUCAAAGAUAUCAUCAGUUGUUGAUGUAGGUGACGAGGUGACAGUCCUUAGUUUUGUUUAAUGAAGGUGACAAGCUGACAGUCCUUAGUUACGGUUGAAGAAGGUGACAAGCUGACAGUCCUUAGUUUUGUUGAUGUAGGUGACAAGCUGACAGUCCUUAGUUUUGCUGAUGAAGGUGACAAGCUGACAGUCCUUAGUUUUGUUGAUGAAGGUGACAAGCUGACAGUCCUUAGUUUUGUUGAUGAAGGUGACAAGCUGACAGUCCUUAGUUACGGUUGAUGAAGGUGACAAGCUGACAGUCCUUAGUUGUGUUGAUGAAGGUGAUGAGUAACAGUCCUUAGUUACGGUUGAUGUAGGUGAUGAACAAGUCCUUAGUUAUUGUUAUGAAGUUACUGUGGUAACAGUCCUUAGUUACGGUUGAUGUAGGUGAUGAACAAGUCCUUAGUUACGGUUGAUGUAGGUGAUGAACAAGUCCUUAGUUACGUUUGUUGAUUCAGAUGACGAGGUAACAGUCAUUUGGUAAUUGGUUUAUGUUAACUUGUGCUGAAGAUUAUGUGUUGCAGCGUGUAAUGACAUUGGGGCUAGACUACUCUGAUCAAGCUUUAGAAGCAUCUACGAUAAUUGAAUAUUUUUCAUUAUGUAGUAAAUAUUCAAAUAUUUGAAAUGAAUAAUUGUGACGUGUUUGUUGCUCCCUAAGAUAAUGAUUGUUAUUGUUAAGCCUACAUUUCAAAAUCAUUAGUUUCUUGAUAAUUCUGAAGCCUAAUUUACACGAUAUUAUGCUAAAGGGGUUCAAAUCAGUCAUUCAAUAUUACACAAAUUCUAUUGUUGAAUGUCAACACAAACCUAUGAACAAAUUUUUGUAUUUGUCAAAGUUUUCUGUAAAGGUUGAGAUAAAAACAUGUUUCUUUAGAACUGAAUAUAAUUAUGUAAUAAAAUAUGGUGUUAUCAGCAUAAUUUCUAUUCUUUGUAGCUAACAGAACUUGUCAUUGAUGAAUAGGUCUGAGGUUGACCGUAGAAGGGCUAAUAAAAGAAAUAAAAGUUUGAGUUUUUGUUGUUGAUAUGGACCAGCCAUUUAUUGUAUUAUUGAUGUUCUAAGUGCUUGAGACCUUGAGUUAAUUUCCAUAGUGGAGAUAUAUAUAUACAUUUUAAGUGCUACUUUAUUGAUCAUACUUCUCAGCAUGAAUAGCAAUCAAGGUUUAUUGUCAAACCGAAGUACAGUCAGCCUUCAUCCAGAUUUUUUCUUUGAUACUUGAAUGAACAGUUGUAAUGUUUGUAGUUGUAGUGAUCAUUCUGUACAUGAAGUAGGACAUUUCUACAUUCUGUUGUACCUGGCAGUGCUGUCUGUUUAUGUUGUCACAUGUUUAGGACCACUUACUAUUCCAGUAUAAGAACCAUAUCAAAUUCAACACAAAUCUGUGUUUAAAGAAACAUUGAAUAUUUUCUAACGUGAUGUAAUUGUAAUGUGCUUUAUAUUUCUACAUCAGUUUGUUUGUGUCUGUACCGGUUUGUAAAUGUAUGCUGUGGCGACCAGUGAAUAUAUUGGUACAUUUGAAACUACAUCUAUAUUACAUAUAUUUACAUAAUGUUUUUUCCAUCUAUGAAAAUAAAACGAUAACAAAAGGACAGAUAACCAACUUGGAAAGUUUAAGGAUUAUUCCCCUUUAAGGAACCAAUUAAAAUAAGGUUAAUAUCACGUGCCUCAUGAUAUCUUAGGGAAAGAAAUUGUUGUUGUAGAGUAACUGGAUCAUAUGUUCCUAAACUAACAGAUUACUACCAGUAGAAUCAUACAGACUUUUAAAAGUGAGUGUAGCCUUUAUUGAUUCAGCAAUGCUGUGUGAACACUUGGAAUAUAGGCAUGAUAUGGUGUUCUGGUUUGGAGAUAGUUGUAAGGACAAAAUAAUGACAACUUCUUCUUCACAGCUGCAAUGACCCUGUUCAGUUAUACUCUCAUAACAUCGAUGCUGUAGAUGGAAUAUGUUUUAUGUGUGCUUCUGUGUAAAUAAUUUGUGUGCCAUUAUUUUUAUUUGUCUAGGGUUAUUGUUCUCAUUGUAUUUGUGUGUGAAAAAAAGGGUGUGAUAAAGUGUGUGGCUAUGUGUAUGGUUAGUUUUGGCUGUGGCUGGGCGUGACUGUGGCUAUGUGUGUGGUUAGUUUUGGCUGUGGCUGGGCGUGACUGUGGCUAUGUGUGUGGUUAGUUUUGGCUGUGGCUGGGUGUGUGGUUAGUUUUGGCUGUGGCUUGGUGUGACUAGAUGUGAGACUUGAUGUGGCUAGGAUUAUAGUUGGUUGUGGUUGUUGCUGUGUGUGACUGUUCAGUGUGCGACUUGAUGCCGUGGUGUGACUGAAGGUUUACAUGGUGUGACUCUUGAUGUGAAAGGUGAGAUAGUUCAUUUCACUGAUGCCAUUGAUUCUGAUAUUACGUUAUGUAUAUAUAUGAAAUGUUUUUUGACACUUGUCAGCACCUUGAGUUAACCCCUAGAUGACAUAUAUAUUUUUGUGAACAUUGGAGAAUACGAGUUCUCGAUAAGGUGUAGGAAUCACUUUGCGGACACCCUGUACGUUUCUCCUGAAAUAAGGUUAAGGAUUUUUGUGAUUUACAAAUGAGAGAAUCAACUACUGAAGUGUGUUGAAUUGUUCUAUAUCUGGAGUGCAUGGCUACUACAUUACAUUUUAUAGUCUGUAAUAAUUGUUUAUAUUUGCUGUUGUUUAUGGUGCUCUCCUACCUUUCUCUGGGUCUGAUAGAAGUCAGUUGAUGAUAACUGACCACUAUUUAUGACCUGCGUUUUAUUAACCUUUAUUCAAUAUAACAAAUCUAUGCAUUCCCUACAUGGCAUCGGUAAGAUAGCACUGUAGAUGUUUGUACCAUGGCGAUUUUGCUGCUAUCUUCAUUACCAAAGAAAACUUGUGGGAAUAGAAAUAAGUCAAUGUAUUUUCUGGAAAGUUUGACUGAAGUGUUUAAAAAUGUGUAUCAAACACAUCUGAUCAUUACGUAUAGCAAAAAGCUGUUAGUGAAAGAAUUAUCACAGAUGAAAGUCUCUUUUUGACUUUUUUUUUUUCUAAACUUAAUUACAAUGUAAUUACAGUAGGAAAAAUAAAAUUUGAUUUUAUUAAAAUUAAAUGAUAUUUCAUUGAACUUAAGCCUGUCUUAAGCAUUUAAAAGUAGAAGUCUGGGCCAUAUAUUUCGAUAGGGUAAUCACAUGCUAAUUAAAAAGCCAAGUUUUGUGUUUACAUGUUCCACAAUUCAUGUUUUCUGAUAAGCGGUCACUUUUAUUCUUUUAAAUGUUUGAUAUUAUCCAAUUGUUCAGAACUUUUGAGGAUCUUUACUUAGUAGGGUACUGAAAUACACUAGCUCAAUUUAGGUAUGCCUUAUCUCUACUGCUGUCCCUAGCUGCAUAUAUCUAUCUCACUAUAUUUUGAUUUGAAGAUACUAUACCUGAAGCUUUUCAUACUGAUCCAGUCUAUAUACUAUUUCUCUGGUUUUUCUUAUUUCCAUGAUAACAGUGAAAUUACUGAUAAGAUUAACUAAGUUAUUCUCCUGUAGAUGUGAAUAAGUGAUGUUUUAUUAACCCAUAAAUGUAUAUCUAUAGUGGAAAUGAAGUAUCUAAGAUGAUUUUUAAUCAUAGCUAAAAAACAAACUAAUGUGUAAAGAAGAUCCCCACGUAGAUUGCUGUAAAAUCAGGUUAUAGACAAUAAAGGGGUGAAAUAA